AGUUCUUUGUUUUCUUAAGCCUUAAAUAAAUAUUACUACUUUUAAAUAUUAUUACUUUUAUGUUACAAUGGAUCGCCUUGCUUCAGGAAUAUCGAAUACUUGUGUGAGCCGCAAGAUUCCGGUUCCUAAAAUUGUGGUGACUGACAACAUUGUUGUGGGCAUACAAUAUGAAUGCGGGGUGAUAAUUGCAACUGAUGUCGGACCUACUAUAUCAAAUAUGUAUCGACUUCAUGAUAAUAUAUACGCUGCAGUGACAGGAGUUGGCCAGGACAUAUGUGCCGUGGUGAGUGUGAUCCAAUCAAAGCUGGAGAUGCACCACAUGACAACCAAUUACCGCCGGGUGCCGGUUCGCUGUGCCAACCAAAUGGCCAAGCAGCUGCUCCACAGCCAAGACGGCGACUUGAAUGUAAACCUGUUGAUCGCCGGGGUGGACAAAUAUGGGACGGAAAUGUAUUCAACGCGGUUCGAUGGCUCCUCGGAUACUGCCCCAUUUACCGCUAUGGGUACCGGCACGAUGAACGCGAUGUCCCUGCUGGAGACGCGCUGGCGCACGGGCUUGGAUGAGGAGACUGCUCGCGAUGUUAUCCGCGAGGCCGUGAUCUGCGGAACAGGAAGGGUCGAAGGUCCUUUCAAGAGUCCCAUCCGACUGUGCAUUUUGAGGAACGAUUACUCGAUGCUAGAUGAGACAAUAGGUUCAGUCGUGCAGCCUUUAAGGCCUUUUGUUUCGCGAGUCGUGCCAAAAAUUGUGGGCGAGAGGGUGGUGAUGGUGGAAUCCAGUACUCCAGAAAAUGGUGGUAGUGGAGAAGAAAGUGUAGUAGCAAAAGAGAAAAUAAAUACAGGAGGACUGGCGAAAAUAGACGAAGGAGGAGAUAAAUAAGGAGCAGGGGGAAUAGAAUAUCUGGAAUCUCCAGGUAAAAGAGCGAGGCCUUUCAUUAUAAAUAUUUAUUAAUUUUUUAAAACUUGACCACCUAAA